AGAAAAAACAUGGGUCCCACUUGUUAAUCUAAACAACUCUAUAAAAGUGUUAAUAGUAAUACAAGCCCUAGUUUUUGCAGUUUCUUGAGUACGAAAAUUGAGUAAUUAGAUUUGUGAGAUAUUUUAAUUCCUUGUUGGGUUUCAAUCUCUACUUGAUUAUCAACAAACCCCUCAAAAAUCUCAUGAUUUAAUGCCAUCUUCACCGAGAAAAAGCCCAUUCCCUCCAUUAAAGAACCCCCUGAAACAUGUGUUUCACAAGAUGCGAUUUCACUCUCGUUCGAAUUCAGUCACUCCCCCUACUGAAUUUGAUGAAACCCAUGUCGUGAAUCCGGUUUAUAAUCCGGGUCUUACCCGGGUUUCCUCAGGACCCGAUUGUACUUCUUUGAUUUCGGAUGAGAAUUUGCUUUGUAUUUUAUCUAAAGUUGAUGAAAAGCAGUUAGGUGUGUGUGGUUUAGUUUGUAAAAGAUGGGAAAAGCUCAGUGGGAAGUUGGUUAGGAGUCUUAAGUUGUUAGAUUGGGAGUUUCUUGAUUCGGGUCGAUUGAUUUAUCGGUUUCCUAAUUUGGUUGAUGUUGAUGUUGUUAGAGCUUGUGUUAAACGUAGUCAUAGUAGUGGAAUUGUGUUGAGUAGUAAUUUUUUGUCGGUGGAGUUGAAUUCGGGUGUUUUGAAUGAUGGGUUUGUUAAGAAAUUGGAUUUGUUGGAUUCUGGGGUGGUUGACCAAGGGAUCCGUGUGCUUGUUGAAGGGUGUUUGAGUUUACAGAAACUUGUUUUGGUUAAUGUGAGUGAAGAAGGGUUGAGUUGUGUUGCGGAGGGUUGUAAGACUUUGCAGGAGUUGGAGUUGUAUUGUUGUUGUGAUUUUGUGUUAAGAGGGAUUUCGAAGUGUCGGAAUUUGCAGAUUUUGAAGUUGGUUGGUUGUAUUGAUGGAUUUUAUGAUUCGGUGGUUUCGGAUAUUGGGUUGACGAUUUUGGCCCAAGGUUGUAGAAGGCUGGUGCAGCUUGAAUUGGUUGGUUGUGAGGGGAGUUUUGAUGGGAUCAAAGCUGUUGGCCAGUGUUGCCAAAUGCUAGAGGAGCUGACACUUUGUAACCAUAGAAUGGAUGGUGGAUGGUUAGCAGCACUGUCGUAUUGUGGUAAUUUGAAAACUUUGAAACUUAAGUCUUGUAAGAGUAUUGAUUCGUGUCCGGGUCCGGAUGAGCAUCUUAGUUAUUGUCCAACGCUUGAAGAAUUGCAUUUGCAGCACUGUCAGAUGCGGGAUAAACAAGGUGUUAGAGCAUUGUUCAUAGCAUGUCAAACUGUAAGAGAUCUUGUUAUUGAGGAUUGUUGGGGAUUGGAUAACAUAACAUUUGCAUAUGCUAGCAUUUGCAGGAGAGUAAGGCUUUUCUCUGUAGAAGGGUGCUCAUUACUUACAAUGGACGGUUUGGACCCUGUAGUUCUUGCCUGGAAAGAGCUUAAUAGGCUUAAAGUGAUUUCAUGCAACAAUAUUAAAGAUGGUGAAAUAACAUUAGAACUAGCAACAUUGUUUUCUUCUUUGAAAGAACUGAAGUGGAGCCCAGAUUCGAGAUCUAUACUUUUAUCAGGUCUUGCGGGAACUGGAGUUGGACAGAGAGGUGGUAGAUCUUUCAGCCGGAAGUAACUAACGGACUGGAACUCUAAUUCCAAGGAUUCAAGCAUCAGCUGAACGUCUUUUUGCUAUAGAUUACUCCACAGGUUAUCGGCACGUUUUGUACAUCUGCAACACACACGGCUGUUUUUUCUAGUCACCAGAAUAUAGUAUACACGGUGGAUGACUUCUAACUUGUACCCUUCUUUGUUCCAUUGGUGUAUCCUUAAGAAAGCAGUUUUUCAAAUGCAUAACCUGAAAUUUAGCCUGACUGUUCAGAAAUAUUGACUGUUCAGAAAUAAUAAUGAAGAUUUAUUAUUGUACACCACACUAGCUUCCACAGCAAUAGAAAUUUAGUCAUUUUGUAUCUUGGCUGAAAUGGAAAUAUUGUAGCUGCAUGACCUUGACCUAUUUUAAAUGACAUGUUAUAGCACAUUGUAUUGUUUGACACAUUAUAUAUUGGGAAUUCAUGAAUAAGCUACAAAUUCUCCUCUUAAA